UUUAGUUAUGAAGGUAAGUAUUAUAUUUAUGAUAAUUUUAGUUAGCUGCAUCUGAAGCAUUCAAGAAACUAAAAUUGAAACAUUAUUAAUAGGCCAAAGUAACUACGACCAAAUUUUAUCAAACAAAGCCUUUUUUUUCAAUGCCUGAAUAAAUAGAAAAGGAAUCUGGUGUUUUAGCACCAAAAAGGGUCAACUAAGUUGAUCUAUUUAAAAGAUAUACUUAUGAAGUAUUGCCUGCUCUUGAAUAAUCAGUAGAAUUGGAUUUACUUGAAAAAGUAUUUCAAAAAGUAGAUCCUAUAGUAAGAGAAUCAAUCACAUAAGUAUAAUCCUACAUAAUCUAAUUAAUUAGGCUUACGUAAGAAAGUAGGUGGAAUAAUUAGCGUAACAACCAGAUCCCGCAUCAAUUAAAGAUCUCGAUGAUAAUACUAAAAGUAAUAUGCCAAGAGAGAAGGCAAAAUUGUUUUUACAAAAUUGGUUGGAUUUGAAUCCAAUAUAAAUUGGAAAAUGGAUCCCUCUGAAUUAUGAGUUAUUUAAGAAAACCUUCAAAUUCUUAUCUCCAGGGGAUUUCUAAAAAAACCUUAUUGAAUUAUCCAAAAACUUUUCACUCAUGAUGACAGAUGAGGGUUUCAAAACAAUUGAUUAUGUGGAUUCAAGCAAAAGAAUACCACAAAUAUUCGAAUAUAAAAAGUUAUCCAAAGAUAAUUUCCAUAAAGAAGGAUAUUUUAUAAUAAUGUUCAACGUCUUGAAAGGAGACUUUAAUGAUGAACUCAGAAAACACAGAAACAAUGAAUUAUUUUAAAGAGUCUUUGCAACCAGUGUAAAUUUUGAUGCACUAUUGACUGUCAUCUUGAAUCAUUGGGAAUUAAUUUAAUAAUUAAGAACUCCAGAGUAGAGAAAAGAAUUCUUCAAGUCACUUGUGGAUUAAUUAUUGGAAAAGAUAGAUAAAUAAUAACCCAAUGCAUCUAUGCCUGAACUCUUAUUUUCAACUGUGAAAACAUUGCAAUUCAAAGACUUCACUUUGGACCUCACAAAAUAUGUAAAUAAUCCAUUCCCAGUCCCAAAAUCAUUAAUUGAGAAUAGAUUUGGGGUAAGAAUUCAUUAUUAAUGUUAGGAAUAAUACUAUGGGUAUUCAAGUAACUUACUUUUUUAUGGAGAUCAUGGAGCUGGUAAAUCUGGUGUGUUAAUGUAGGCAAUCAUGUUUGCCUAAUAAACUGGAUGGAUAGUAGCAGUAGUUCCAUCUGGAUAUAAGUAUUAAAUAUAUCAACACUAUUAUAGUUGGACUUCAUUAAAAUAUGAAGCCAAGAGACAUCAUAAAACUGGAUUGUAUAUGCAACCAAAGGCAGCUUAGGAAUGGUUGGAAUAAUUCAAAGAGGCCAAUCAAGAGCAUUUGAAAACCUUUUAAGUUGAUUUGAGUCUAUAUGGCAAAUUUAAUUUGAGUGGUGUUCAUGAUGAUGAUCCUGAUCCUUGCCCAAAUUUGUAUGAUGAAAGAAGAGAAUAUCACUUCAAGGACUUCGAGAAAUUUACAACAAAAGAAGAAAGAGAUUUCGAAGAAGCACAAGAUUAAAUUAUGUCUGCAAGAAUUACAUUGAAAAUUCCCAAGCCCCAAUAUUUACAAGAAAUUAUUGAUUAUGGCAUCUCAAAUGCACAUUAUGCUACCAAUGCUGUCUAUGAAGUGAUGGAACAAUUGUACAAUACUGAAAAAUAUAAAGUAUUAGUAGCUGUUGAUGGUAUUAACUGGUUCUAUAGACCAUCACAAUUGCCAUCAUUUCGUUAUGAAUCUGAUAAAAAUCUAAGGGUAAUUCUACGAUAUUCAGUAUUUUAAGGGACAUGUACCACCAUAUCAUAUGUCUUUACCUCGAUUGUUUAUGCAUUUUGAUGGCCACAAAAUUAAAAAUGGCACUAAAAUCACUGCUUCCUCUAUUUUCAAACUAUUUUAACAUGAUUUCCAACCAAAACAUGUACUAUUACCUUAGAAAUAUGGCAUAAAAUUGAAUGGAGCACCAUUGGAUAUGUUUAGAUCAUUCUGCGAGUAUGGAAUUCAAACAGGUAUGUGGAAAUGCGAUGAGUUUUCUUAGAAUACUCUUGAACAAUUUUGGAUGGAAACUCAAGGUAACUAUUUUGAAGCAAUAAAAUGCAUGAAAGUUCAUUGGAGAGAUAUAUGAUAAAUGUAAAAUAUUUUAACCAUUAAG